AUGCUUCCACCAUCUGCAUCCAUCGUCCAUCAAUCCCACAAUUUAGUCGAAUCACAAGGAAAUACCGACCAAACAAACACCAUUACACCGCCACCUCCAUACUCUCCUUCCGCUCACAAUCCCCAAAAUGAACUUGAAGCCGAAGAUGCCUCCUCUCAUGGGGAGACAGACCAACCCAGCCUCAUAACCAUCCACAUCGACGCAUCAAUGAGCAUUCAGGGCAACGCAAAUAGCAUUAUACUCCCAUCAGCUCCAGCUCCAGCAUCAGCCCUCAAUACCAAGGCAUCACCCGCUCCCAUUCUAUCCUCAACAUCCACCUCUACCGUCCCACAAUCAACCCCAUACCAGCGCCAUUCCAAAUUGACAGACAUGGCCACAUCUAUCAUUACUGCUUUGCAUCGCACAGGUCAUCUCAAUUCUGAUUCCAAUCCUACGGACCACUCUAGUGCAGCAACAGAUAGAAUUACAUCGCCAUCGCCAUCUGUUACGCUGAAUAUCAACACCGGGAUCAAAAUCCUGGGAAGUGGGAAUGUAAUCUGUGUGGGAAUGGGUGGACAAAGAGGAAUGGGGAUGAAUGUGCCGAGGAGGAAGAGGAGGGCUUCUUCUGAACCCCUGGAGGUAGCUACUACUGCUGCUAAGAGGGCGCGGUAG